AUGACAGCAGACAAUUUGAUUUUCCCACCUUAUGUUGAGGAUCUCGAACCUCGAAACUUUAUGGAAGAAGAUUGGGUAGAAGCAAUUAAUGUUUGGAACGCAAAUCUAUCGUUACUUCUCCGGCUCCAAGAUAAAAUGUUUCAAAAACAAAUGUUACAGAAUAAUUCUCUUCAAAAGUUUCUUGAAACAUUCCUUGGAACUCAUGCUAGAUCCCGUGAUGUUAAAAACGUUGAAUUUCGUAAUAAAGAAUUAGAAAAGAAAGUAUUGAAUGUUUUGCUGCGCGUUUCAGAAUCAAAAAUUUCAUCAAAUAUGUCCAGAAAUUCAAAAUCUUUAAUGGGGGAACUUUAUCGUAAAAAUUGGAUCUCCGUACCAUUUUUACUUGAUUUAGUUGCAACUUAUGGAAAAUCCAAUUUUACUUGUACCAAGAAAAUUAUGGACAAUAUAAUGGAUUCGGUUCCGGAAUUGACGAAGGAUUUCGAAUCCCAUUCAAUUACUCUGUACAAUUAUAUUAAGGCAAUUCAAAAUAAGUUUAAAGAAUUCAGCGAGAAAGAUUGCAAGAGUGAGAAUGUUAAUAAUGAUUCAAUAAUAUCAGAUGCAAAGAUUUAUUUGAGUUAUAUUUUAGACAUAUCUAUCACUUUAGAUUGUUUGUUUACAGUUUCUAAAUCUAUAGCAUACAUAUUUAGCAGUAACGAAUAUUCAGACGAAGAAGAUUUUUUAGUGACAAUAAAAAUAUUUUAUGAUGACAUAGUACCAUCAAUAUUAAAUAUAUUUAUUUCUGGAAAUGAAUCACAAGAAAUAUUUCGUGAUUUUAACAUAUUAAAACAUGCUCUAAUAUCAUUAGUAUAUCAUAUUUUCGACGCAUAUUUUUUCAGCCCUUUAGGAUUUACAUCCAGUGAAGAUGAUAUUUAUUCAUUUACAAAAUCUGAUGAAAAUUUGGGAGACUUGAAUGAAACUUUAAAUAGGAUGGUUAGUGGAUUGAUGUGGAUGAUUGAACUUUCACCAUUAGAGAAGCCCGUACAAUAUCUUAUUGAUGCUCCUUUACUUUUGGAUGUGGAAAUCGAAUUCGAUUUAAAUGCUGAAAUUGAUUAUAUAAUUAUGUCUUUGGAAUCUAUGCAAAAUAUGAAUCAAGAAACUGAAAAGGCACCGUGGCGUAUGCGAUUAGAUCAAAAGCAAAAGCGAUAUGCGUCGCGUGUAUCCAAUGGUUUUAAUGGACAAAAAGCCAAUAUUGCUGAUUUUAAUAUCAAGUCUAAUGGCAUCAAUGAGGAUGCAAUAUCACAAGUACAAGAAAUGUUCCCUGAUUUGGGUGAAGGUUUUAUUGAGAAAUGUUUGAUUACAUUUGAUAAUAAUGUAGAAACUGUCAUAGAUCGAUUAUUGUCAAUGUCACUUCCAGAACAUCUAGAAUCGUUGGACCGUAAGAUGGCGCGUCAGAAAACGGUUGAAUAUCAAAAUGUUGGUGAUGAUUUACUAUCCCAACGAAAGAACAUAUUUGAUAAUGAUGAAUUCGAUGUGUUUUCAGGAAAAACUCUUGAAGUAUCUAGAAUGCAUAAAGGAAAGAUGAAACGUGGUACGGUUGAUAAAUUGUUGGAUGAUAAAUCAUUUGUUGAAACUCAUAAAGAAUCAAUAAUGGAUCUGGACGACAGAUCAGACACGAAUUCACGUGAUAAGACAGAGAUUGAUCCUGGUAUUAUGAACGAACAAGAACUUAUCAAAAUGUAUCAAUCAGAUCCGUCAGUAUUUGAUAGGACGAGUACUGUAAGAAAGUCAGGUAAACGUGUUCAUCUUAGGAGAAUUACACAAAUGACUGAUGAACAAAUAGAGGGAUGGUAUAUCAUGUUCCAGAGAAACCCAAGAAAAGAGAAAUUACUCGCGAAAUACGAGUGGAAAGGCAAUCGUGAAGAACCUUUAAAUGAUUCUGGCGAAAUUUCUUCUGGCACAUCCCUUCAGCAUGAAAAUCAUAAUCAACAUAGGGCCAAUGACGCGAAUGGUGUCAAUGAUGAAAAUGGUGCUCCUGGUGCUUACUCAACGCGCGGUAAAAGUUGGCCUAGAAAAAAACAUGCUAAUCACGAUCGAAAGAAUGCUUUUCAGAAGAAAAUGGAUCGAGGUUUUAAGUAA